AGCGCGCUGGGCUGCGGCGCCCGGCAAGCGCCGAGACGGGCCGGACCGGGGUGUACUGGGCUAGACUGGACUGGACUGGACCGGGCCACUGUAAGCGCCGGCAGAGCGCCCGAUCCCGUAGCCUCCGUACGUGAGCGCUGGAGGGGGCAGGCAGGGGGCCUCGCUCGUCACCUCCCCACCGGGACCGCCGCCAUCCCGCCGCACCUCGGUGAUGGCAAGUGGCAGCCAGAAAAGGAUAAUACAAAUAACUGGAUUUAAAAAACGGGAGAAGGCGGCACUGCUCAAAUGCCUGUUGAAGCUGAACUGUGUUUUUAUAGAGAGUAAGAAAUACAGGAAUUGUACACAUCUUGUAGCAAAAAAGCUGUGCAAGAGUGAAAAGGUCUUAGCUGCCUGUGCUGCUGGAAAGUGGGUACUAACUAAGGAGUACAUAAUUAAUAGUGCUGAAAGUGGCAGAUGGCUUGAUGAAACAACCUACGAAUGGGGAUAUGAAAUUGAAAGAGACACCCAUUAUUCACCUCAAAUGCAAUUUGCACCUAAAAGAUGGCGUGAAGAACUGACAAACUCAAGUGCUCCAGGGGCCUUCCACAGAUGGAAAGUUGUCCUCCUUGUUAAGAGAGGUGAUAAACGAAUGGCAUGUAUUAGAAGAGUUCUUAAAGCUGGAAAGGCAACCAUAUGUUCAUCUGAAAAUGCAGAGCACAAUAUAACUCAUAUACUCAUCAGUGGUAAAAUUUCUCCUUUACAAAAUAAAAAGUGCCACUCUGAAGCUCGACACUACCCUUUGCAAUAUAUAGGACAUUACCUUUUUCAAAAUGAAAUACAAAGUCCCAAAGAUACCCAGAUGAACCAUUUCCUGGCUGCACAAGAAACAGACCAAGGCAUGUCUAAAAUGCAACUUGCCGAAAUGAAAAAUGUUAUUAUAAAACAUAUGUAUUUUACUGCGACUGUUAAGCACAGACUUACGCAAACAGACCACCUGAACAGCUGCAAUCCAGAGGUUAGAAGUACUGACUGGUCCAGGGGCACCUGGUCUAUACUUCAAGGAUUAGUGGAAGAGGACUUACUUCAUGAUGUAGUCACAGAACUUGCUGCAGGCCAAAUAUGCAGAGCACCUCCUGUGCAACUUCUUCACCCUCUUCUAGAACAUGUCCUAUUGGGAAAUACUGAUGCAGUAUUUUUUGACAAACUUUGUCACGUUUUUUACCUUGUUCUUCACUGUAAUCCUCCCUGGAAGUCCCCAUCUAUGUUAAAGUAUUAUUUGGAUCUUCUUCAGUGUCCUAUUUGUAAGAAAGGCACAUGGUCCUUAAUAGAGAUGCUUGUAAGGUCUUGCCUUUAUUGCGAAACAGCUUGUCAUACAGUCACAGUUUCAGGGACAGAAGAUGAACUGAGGAUAGUUCAUAAAACAUUAUUGAAGUUCUUCUUUGAUUUAGUAAAAGGUGAAGUAGAGUUUCUGACAAAAAGUUUGGUUGAAGGAACGAAUUCACAGCAUCAACAAGUCUUGCCAGAGACAGUUCUUCUGAAGACAUUCUUGCUUGAAAGUGGAACCACAGUGCUUUUUACCAAACACAUAAAUAUUCUAGCAGAUUGGGUCAUACUUUCCCAUAGAGAAUUGAAUGGAAAAAAUGAUGCUUUCAGAAAUGAAGUUGCUGGUCUACUAAAUGCAAUUCUUGGAACUGUACUGGACUAUUGGAUCAUAUCAGGUUUGCUUAUGGACAGAAAUGUGUUUCAUCAAAUACCUGAUUUGGCGCAUUACCUUGCCAUUUCUUGUGAUGAUUUUUCUGUGUGUCAAUUAAAAAUGUUUCUUUAUGCCAUACCAUCCGACUGGCUUCAACUGUUCGUUGCAGAAGCAGUUUUCAAACAAAUGUGUUUACAGAGGAAUAUUGCUGUUUCUACAGAACCUCUUUCUCUUCACAAGAUAGUCUGUUCCUAUUCACCUGCUUUGCGAGAGAUAGGGAUGUGUGAGACAAAGAUGCACAAAGCAAAGAAAAAGAAAAUAGGGCAACAGCCAUGCCCUGAGUCUCAAAGGACAUUACAGAUGCUAAAUGGCGAUAAGCAGAGCCAAGUCAAAGUGCUGCCUGAUCUACCUGACCUAAUUUUUAAUAAGCUUAGAGCAAAAACAGAAGUUCAGUCUGCACACACCAAAGACAAUUGUAUUUUGGCUGAAGAGGUGCAUAAGAGAAAUAUUAAAGGAGAGACAGCCCUGCAUAAAGCUUGCAGAAAUAACAAAGUGGAGAGAUUGAUUCAGCUUCUUUCUUUGCCGGGAAUAGACAUUAAUGUUAAAGACUAUGCUGGCUGGACGCCUUUGCAUGAAGCCUGUAACCAUGGUAGCACAGUGUGUGUCCGUGAAAUUCUGCAGCGUUGUCCAGAGGUAGACCUGCUCAGUCAAGUGGACGGGGUGACUCCUUUGCAUGAUGCACUGUCAAAUGGACAUGUAGAAAUUGGCAAGCUGCUACUUCAGCAUGGGGGGCCAGUCCUUCUAGAGCAAAGGAACUCCCAUGAGAAACUGCCCCUGGAUUAUGUCGAGUCAGUCACAGUAAAGGAAGAACUUUUCAAUCUUGUUUAUCCAGGAGAGAGCAUUGAAGACUUCUAUGAAUCCAGAGAACAAGAUUUUUGCAAUCAGAAGAAAGAACUGUGUUUGAUUUCAUUUACUAAGAUGCUGAUGAAUUUUUGUUCUGUUUAUAAUUUGUCUACACCCCUGACUGUUACUCUGAGAGCGCUAGCUUGUUCAGAUGUACUUCCAGAAAUGGUUUGUGAUAGCUUUAAGAUGAAAAACGCAUUUUCUGGAGAUUGGCUGGUGGAUACAUAUUUUAAAGAACUAGAAACUUUUGAAAAACUACCACAAUUUCAUCAAGAAAUAUCUGAAAACAUGUUAUUCUUCCCUAGUGAACAGGCAAAGGCUUUAUUAGCAGUUCUGGAAACUAUGGUAGAAGCAUGUCAGUGCCUAAAUCUUUCUAGUGCUUAAAUUCCAAAUAAGCUACAUUGGCUGAAUCUUGAGUGUUACUAGCUUCUAUUUGCCUGACAGAUUGGGAUGGGUGUGAUUGGAAAGUGCUGUAUCAUUUACAUUCAGUUAAACUUUGUAUUUUCUGUCUUGGGAGUAUUUUUUUUACAUGCCUCAUGCCAUAUUUCUCUUCGGUUCUCUUAGGUAGUGACCUUAAACCUAAAUCAAGCAGUUGUUUCAUUUCUUGAUAACGACUUGUGUCUACGUAUUUUGAUAUCCCUUAAUAAAGCAGAUGUUGUAAAUAUAACAUGAAAUAAAAACACAUGGAAAAGUAAA